UUCCUUAACUUCCCCUGACCCACUUGGCCACACCAAGAUUCUACUUUAUGGUUUCCCUUCUCUACAUUAUAAAUCUCUCCUCAGAAAAAGGCUUAUCAAUUCCCUGUAAAAGCAAAUCUAUUAAUUCUCUUUUUCUUUUUGUUAGAUUGAUGGAGGAGGACUCUAUCAUGAAUUCACUUUAUACGCAGAAGCCAAAAGCUUCUCAAGGAACAACCGCCUCUCCUGAGGCUGAAGAAAGUGGUUGGACUGCUUACUUUGAAGAUAUCUCUCACAACAAUGAAGAACAUAGUUAUUGCUCUAGUUGUGAUAGCUCCUCUUUGCUUUCUGAUGCUGCUUCUGGCGUUGCAUGGAAACUAUCCCACAACAAUCAUCUUCCAGCUUGUUCUUCAAUCAGAGGCUCCCCAAAGAUUUCCAACAAGUUAAAGUUCAAGAAAACAAGGGCCAAAGAAAUCUGCCGAGAUGAUUCUUUAGAAGAUACUGCUAGUUCUCCUGUGAAUGACCCUAACGUGGGAGACUGGGAACCGACGGAUAUAAAUCCCCAGAAGACUGAUCAUCAUGAUCAUAUGUAUGGUUCUCUGGAAGUGGCUCAGAAAUGCAUAGAGAAGAAAGAAGCUUGAACUUCAAUGGGAAGGAUGAUUCCUCAGACUUCAAGUCUUGUUCUUUGUAAGGCAUUCUUCCCCCGAGUUUCAUUGAAAUUAUCGUGUAUUACUUGAAACAAAACUCAUGGUGGAAUAACAGCUUUGAUUCUUUGAACAUUCCUCCACGCAGAAUAAUGUAUACAUAAACCUGCACAUUUAUAUUAUUUGUCUGCCGUUCUGGCUUCUAGAUUUCACAA